AUGUCACCAUAUGACUAUAAAAUCAUUUGCUCAACCUACAAUUCAAGACAAGCAGCUGCAAUUUCUGAAAAUCUCCGGAAAAUGUUGAAAUUGGAUGGCGAUUUACCAUUGGUAGGGUUUUUUUUCAAAAAUAAAUUUAAUUUCUUGAUUUUUUUAGAGUCAAUCAAAAAGUAUCACAAAACGAAGCAAUGGUUGGUAUGUGGCUGAAAUUGGACAAAUACAAAUUCAUGUGAUGAGUGAGGAAUGUCGAGAAAAAUAUGAUUUGGAGACGAUUUGGGCGGGAGAUGAGAAAUUGAGGGAAGAAAUUGAAAAUGAGGUGGAAAAUAUUAUGUUGCCACCAAAAAAUCAUUAA